CGCGCGCACAUCUGUGGUGUCGGCCGCAGGUGCCGCCGAGGCUUUUCCGGGCGCCAUUCAAGUGAUGAAUUCUCUUCCCCGCCGCCACCACCAGGAUGCAGAAGAUCUCAGUGCUGCUCUUCCUGGUCUGGGUCAGCUUUCUCUUCUAUGCUGGGAUUGCCCUCUUCACUAGUGGUUUUCUGCUCACCCGUUUGGAGCUCACCAACCAUAGCAGCUGCCAAGAGCCCCCAGGCCCCGGGCCCCUUCCAUGGAAGAGACAAGGGGAGCCCAGGGCCUGCUGGAUGGCUCCGAGAUUCUCCCGGGUUGUGUUGGUGCUGAUAGAUGCUCUGCGAUUUGACUUCGCCCAGCCACAGCGCUCACACAUUCCUGGGAAGCCUUCUGUCUCUCUGCCCUUUCUGGGCAAAUUGCACUCCUUGCAGCGGAUCCUGGAGAUUCAGCCUCACCAUGCCAGGCUCUACCAAUCUAAGGCUGAUCCUCCCACCACCACCAUGCAGCGCCUUAAGGCCCUCACCACUGGCUCACUGCCUACCUUUAUUGAUGCUGGCAGUAAUUUUGCCAGCUACGCCAUAGUGGAAGACAAUCUCAUUAAGCAGCUCGCCAGUACAGGAAGGCGUGUGGUCUUCAUGGGAGAUGACACCUGGAAAGACCUUUUUCCUGGAGCCUUCUCCCAAGCCUUCUUCUUCCCCUCCUUCAACGUCAAAGACCUACACACAGUGGACAAUGGCAUCCUGGAACACCUCUACCCAACCAUGGACAGUGGUGAAUGGGACGCACUGAUUGCUCACUUCCUGGGUGUGGAUCACUGUGGCCACAAGCAUGGCCCUCACCACCCUGAAAUGGCCAAGAAACUUAGCCAAAUGGACCAGGUGAUCCAAGGAGUUGUGGAACGUCUGGAGAAUGACACACUUUUGGUGGUGAUUGGGGACCAUGGAAUGACCAAGAGUGGAGACCACGGAGGGGACAGUGAGCUGGAGAUCUCGGCUGCACUUUUUCUGUACAGUCCCACGGCGCUCUUCCGCAGGGCCCCGCCAGAGGAGCCAGAGGUAGUUCCUCAAAUCAACCUUGUGCCUACGCUCGCCCUGCUACUGGGCCUGCCCAUCCCAUUUGGGAACAUCGGGGAGGUGAUGACUGAGCUCUUCUCAGAGGUUGAAGACUUACAACCUCACUCGUCCACUCUGGCCCAAGCUUCAGCUCUCCAUCUCAAUGCCCAGCAGGUGUCCCGAUUUCUUCACACCUACUCAGCUGCUGCUCAGGACCUCCAAGUUGAGGAGCUUCAUCGGCUGCGUAACCUCUUCUCCAAGGCCUCUGCUGACUACCAGCAGCUUCUGCAGAGCCCCCAGAGGGCCGAGGCAGCACUACAGACUGUGAUUGCUGAGCUGCAGCAGUUCCUACGGGGAGUUCGGGCCAUGUGCAUUGACUCUUGGGCUCGUUUCUCUCUGGUCCGCAUGGCAGGGGGUGCUGCUCUCUUGGCUGCUGGCUGCUUUCUCUGCCUGCUGAUAUCCCAGUGGGCAACAUCCCCAGACUUCUACCUUUGCCCUCUCCUCCUGGUAUCCAUGGCCUGGGGCCUGGCUGGGGUUGCAGUGUGCGUAGGCCUCCUGGCAACUACUGAGCUGAAGCUGGAUCCAGUGGUUCUAGGGGCUAUGGCUGCAAUGGGCUCACUCCUACAUUUUCUUUGGAAAGCCUGGCCUAGCUGGGGGUCCAAGAGGCCCCUGGCAGCCCUGCUUCCCACCCCUGGGCCUGUUCUCUUCCUCUUGCUCAUUCGCUUUGCUGCUUUCUUCUCUGAUAGCUUUGUUGUAGCUGAGGCUAGGGCCACGCACUUCCUUUUGUGCUCACUCAUCUUGCUCCUGCUCGCCCAGCUUCACUGGGAGGGCAAGCUGCUGCCACCUAAGCUGCUCACGGUACCCCGCCUUGGCUUUUCUUCCCCAGCAGGCCCAAUUCCACAGCACAAUGGAAUGCAUGUUCUGGGGCUUGGAGUUGGAUUACUUUUAUGUAUAAGACUAGCUGGUCUUUUUCAUCGCUGCCCUGAAGAGACACCUGCUUGCCACUCCUCUCCCUGGCUGAGUCCCCUGGCAUCCAUGGUGGGGGGUCGAGCCAAGAAUUUGUGGUAUGGAGCUUGUGUGGGGGCGCUGGUGGCCCUGUCAGCUGCUGUACGCCUGUGGCUUCAUCACUAUGGUAAUCUCAAGAGCCCCGAGCCCCCUGUGCUCUUUGUGCGGUGGGGGCUGCCCCUAAUGGUACUGGGCACUGCUGCCUACUGGGCAUUGGCGUCGGGGGCAGAUGAAGCACCCCCACGUCUCCAGGCCCUUGUCGCUGGCGCAUCAGUUGUGCUGCCUAGGGCUGUGGCAGCAUUGGCCACUUCAGGGCUCUUGCUGUUGCUCUGGAGGCCUGUGACGGUGCUGGCAAAGGCUACGAUGGGUGCUCCAAGGACCAGGACUAUCCUCACUCCCUUCUCAGGUCCCCCAACUUCUCAGGCUGACCUGGAUUAUGUGGUUCCUCAAAUCUACCGACACAUGCAGGAGGAGUUCCGGGGCCGGCUGGAGAGAACCAAAUGUCAGGGUCCCCUGACCUUGGCUGCCUGUCAGUUGGGGAAUGUCUACUCAGCUGCUAUGGUCACAGCCCUCACCCUCUUGGCCUUCCCACUUCUGCUAUUGCACGCAGAGCGCAUUAGUCUUGUGUUCCUGCUUCUGUUUCUGCAGAGCUUCCUUCUCCUGCAUCUGCUUGCUGCUGGGAUACCCAUCAGCACCCCUGGUCCUUUUACUGUGCCAUGGCAGGCAGUCUCUGCUUGGGCUCUCAUGGCCUCACAGACCUUCUACUCCACGGGUCACCAGCCUGUCUUUCCAACUAUCCAUUGGCAUGCAGCCUUCGUGGGAUUCCCAGAAGGUCAUGGCUCCUCCACCUGGCUGCCAGCUUUGUUGGUUGGGGCCAACACCUUUGCCUCCCACCUCCUCUAUGCAGUAGGUUGCCCAUUGCUCCUGUUCUGGCCCUUCCUAUGUGAGAGUCAAGGGUCCCAGAAGAGGCGGCAGCCCCCAGGCAAUGAAGCUGAGGCCAGAGUCGGGCCUGAGGAAGAAGAGGAACCACUGAUGGAGAUGCGGCUGUGGAACGCACCUCACCACUUCAGUGUAGCACUGCUGCAGCUGGGCCUCAAGUACCUCUUUGUCCUUGGUAUUCAGAUUCUGGCCUGUGCCUUGGCAGCCUCCAUCCUCCGCAGGCAUCUCAUGGUCUGGAAGGUGUUUGCCCCCAAGUUCAUUUUUGAGGCCAUGAGCUUCAUUGUGAGCAGUGUGGGACUUUUCCUGGGCCUAUCUUUGGUGAUGCGAGUGGAUGGUGCUGUGAGCUCCUGGUCCCGGCAGCUAGUUCUGGCCCAGCAUAGGUAGCCUUGGCUGUGAGGGCCACGGAGAGAACUGGAGAACAGUCUAGUCUGGCCUAUACAGGUGCUGGGUCAUCUGCAAGAGAGGCUCAGCCACACCUAUUACCACCAUGCAGCCAGGAGCUACUAGCAUCUGGGACUUUAUUAUUUUAUAAUUAAAAAUCAUAAUGGGGCCUGAUCCUUAACUCCUGCUUUGGAUGCAUCUCAAGGACUGGGGGGUAGUCUCCAAAGUGGAAUAAAAUAAUAAUGUAAAUAUGUGU